CGAUGGCGAGACAAGGAGACUACGGGUAUUACCGUGUGACCAUCUUCGCCGCGAUGUUCGUGGGCUACACGCUCUACUACUUCAACCGCAAGACCUUCGCGUUCGUCAUGCCGGCCGUCAUGCAGGAGGUCACGCUGGAGAAAGACGACUUGGGCCUCAUCACGAGCAGCCAGGCGCUGGCCUACGCCAUCAGCAAGUUCGGCAGCGGCGUGCUCUCGGACCGGCUGAGCGCGCGGGCCCUCUUCGCGCUGGGGCUGGCGCUCGUCGGCCUCACCAACGUGGCGUUCGCCAGCGCCGGCUCGGCGUCCGCCUUCGCGGCCAUCUGGUUCGCGAACGGCCUGGCGCAGGGCUUCGGCUGGCCGCCCUGCGGGAAGAUGCUGCGUAAGUGGUUCGAGCCGUCCCAGUUUGGCACGUGGUGGGCCGUGCUGUCGACCAGCAUGAACCUGGCCGGCAGCGUGGGGCCGCUGCUGGCGGCGCUGCUGCUCUCCGUGGGCUUCGGCUGGCGCUCCGUGCUCUCGAGCUCCGGCGCCGUCGCCGUGGUGACGGCCGUGGCGGCGGCCGCGCUGCUCCGCGACCAGCCCAGCGACGUGGGGCUGCCCAACAUCGACGUGCAGCCCGGCAAGGGUGGAAAGGGCAAGGGGUCUAGCGUGCGGGACAGCACUCUGGGCGAGCUCCUCACCUCGCCGUACCUGUGGGUGCUGUCGGGGGCCUAUCUCGUCGUGUUCGGCGUGAAGACGUGCCUGUCGGACUGGGGUCAGCUGGUGCUCAUCCAGGAAAAGCUGCACUCGCCGCUCAUGGGCAGCUCGUUCCUGAGCGCCCUCGAGCUCGGAGGCCUCAUCGGCAGCGUCGCCGCCGGAUUCCUCUCCGACCGAGCCGUGGCCAAGGUGGGGCUCAGCUCUCAUGGCAACCCCCGACACGGGCUGCUCAUCGGCAUGAUGGGCGGAAUGGCGACGUCGCUGUGGGCAUUCCGCGUGUUCGUCGGACCGGACUCGCACCAGAUACUGAUCCUGGCUCUGGGCUUCGCAUUUGGAUUCUGCUCCUACGGCCCCAUCGCGCUGUUUGGGGUCAUCGCCAACGAGAGCGCCCCCCACAACCUCUGCGGGACGUCCCACGCCAUCGUCGCACUCAUGGCGAACGUGGGCGGCUUCCUGGCGGGGCUGCCCUUCAGCACCGUGGCCAAGCACUACGACUGGAGCACGGCGUUCUGGCUGGCCGAGCUGGCGCUGGGCACCACCACCGUCGCCGUGGCGCUGCUCAGGAACGUCCGCACACGCAUGGGCCACGUGGGCGAGAAGGAGGACUGAGCGACGAAGAACUCUUCCCCCGCCCCAGCCGCCCCCCACCUUCCUUCUCCCAGGCCGACCCCCGUCGCACCACGAAUGGGAGUCGAACCGGGAUCCGCAAGGUUUGGCCGGUGGCGGGCAGCAUGAGCUUACAGCGGAGGAGGGUGGGGCGGAUACUAGGAGUGAGCGCGAGAGAGGUGUGCAAUGUGCGCGCGUGUGUGCGCGCGUGUGUGAGAAACACACCGAGACUGAAUGUGAAAGCUACGGCCGCGUGAGCAGAUCAAACGUGUUUCAUCGUCAGCGGCAGCAGUAUUCAAAGUUGUUCGGCGAAUGCGUCUUUAAAAAAAAAGAUGUAAGCGACUGUAAAAGAUUGCGAGAAAUGUUGACGCACUGGCCGCGUUUGCGCUGCGCGUCGGCCAAACGCCUGGCGGCUUCUCGUGCAAUACGAUAACGGUCAUUUUAGCUGCUGUUUUUAAAAUGCGACGCUGGAUCUAGGUAGCAUGCUAUUAAUCGUAUUUUAAUUAAGAUAAUUUUAAUUUAAUGAAAAAAGACUUAGAUUGUUGAGAUUUGCUGUUGUGAACAAUAGGAUUUAGAUCAUUUCGACGAUAAGCGGUGUUAAGUCAGUGGUCGGCAAGCUCCAGUCCUAACAACCUAACUCUCCAGUCCGUAACUUCAUAUCAGCCAGACUUCUGUCCACCGGUGUUAAAUGGCUGCACUCUUACGCGUCUCAUCCUCUUGGAGAACCCUUCACAGCGAUACACUCCGCUGCUCCUGACGCGGCUGUCUGGCUUGACCACCUGCACGUGAAAUUGUAGUCGUUGCUCUGCAUCUACAUCAGUUGUACGACGACAAAGAGGAGGACCCUGUAACGCGGACCCGGAGUAUGGCCUGAGGGAUUGGGAGUGCGAGACCCACCGGCGUAGUAUAUGCGUCUCUGAAAGAGGUAAUGUGGAGAUAUUUCAUUCAUGUGCAUUUUCCCUUUUCGGACACGGACUCUCGCAACUGGCUGCUGUGAACGAUUGUGCCAACCCUGACGCAUCGUGUGUGUCCCCCAACCCACUAGUGGUGGGAGCUGGCCUGGCUCAGAGCGGCUGGCACGAGGCUGGGCCAGAUAUCCCGUGUCUCCACAGCAGUCCGGCCUGCGCCACAUCAAUCCCAAUUGGUUCUCCCCCACCGCUCCCUCCAGCAGAUCCCUCAAGGACUUUUUAGUAAACUUAUUUCCACUACAUCUCGAUUAUUGCACCUCCGAUUAGCACGGUUGGCUACGUACGGUGCAAAAGAAGUUCAAGCUGCGUACGUGCGUCGGUGGGCGAAAGGAAUAAGCAACAUAUCUCUACGCGCAGGCUGGAUUAAUUAUUGGUUGCUGCUCAACUCGUCAACGCCACGGCAAAGUAAGCCGAUUUACCCUCACCCCAAUGAUGCGUCUACACUGAAUAAGCGUUUUGAACACCACCAUCGGGCACACACAAAGACCCAGGUGACUUGAACCUCGCACAUUUCACCCCGAUCCACACCUGCCUAUGAACAAAUCGCCCGGAGUGCUCCCGAUCUCGUCACAUAUUGAGAGCCAGGCAGAAGUGGGCGGGGCGGGGGGGUAAAUUCUGGACGAUGUUUCGGUAUGGGGGGUGACCACCAAGCACGGCUGGUUGUUAGAGGUUGCACACCCGGUCAGGUCACCUGCCUGCUCUUCUGGGUCUGUAUUUGCUUUUGCGGUUAAGGUUGAAAGAGCCGACACUCGUCUCGUGGAGAUGAUCCAACAGACGGAUGGGGCAACCACCCCCUUGGAUGGGCGGCGACUGCCACGCACGACAGGUUAUAUUGUCGUCCGCCAGCACGGCUACGUGAUUUUGCCAACGGAGGGAAGUGCAGCAAUUCCUUUGCUAUUCUAAACUUCUAUGCACCCCACCUUCACCAGCCCUGCACCGAUCAGCGUGGUGACGUGUGGGAAAAUAACCGCCACAGCCUGCCCUGCGAGGCGAGGCCCUCAUCCAGGAGCGUAUGGACAGAGGGGCUGUACACGCAGAUGCCUGCGUUCAAACUUUGUCGGUAACUUUUAAGCUCGAUUUUCAACCGCCGUCACUUGCGCAUUGGUUAAGCGGACAGGAAGGGUCAGGGAUUUGUAGAGCAGGAUGGGCCAAGUGCACGGAGCAUCGUGGCUCACGGACCGUGGGGACACAUAGCCAAGGGGACACGAAGCCAAGACCCUGGUGCUUAUAUAUCUGGGCUAGAACUGGGCCGGCAGACAGGUUUGCCAGUGGUCAUGAAAACGCGGUUGUGUCACGCGGUUGUGUGUCCGAGACUCGGUUGGAGGCGUGACCCGGUUGGACAUUGGUGUCAGCUCAAUAAACGGAGCCAUGUCCCCCCC